GGGGGCGAGGGCGAGGGCGAGGGCCCGGCUCCGGUGGUGACGGCGCUGGCGCCCCUCAUGGUCCCCGAGCACGUCCCGCGCGUGCCCCUCGUGGCCGUGGCCAGGAACCCCGUCUUCCCGCGCUUCAUCAAGAUCCUCGAGGUGAAAAACAAGAAGUUGGUGGAGCUGCUGAGGAGGAAGGUCAGCUUGGCUCAACCCUACGCAGGCGUCUUUCUCAAGAAGGACGACAACAACGAAUCGGACGUGGUGGAGAGCCUGGACGAGGUCUACGACACGGGGACUUUUGUCCAGAUCCACGAAAUGCAGGACCUCGGCGACAGGCUGCGGAUGAUCGUCAUGGGCCACCGAAGGAUCCGCAUCAACCGGCGGCUGGAGGUGGAGACCGCGGAGGCGGAGGCCACGGAGGCGGAGUCCAAGGCCAAGGUCCGGCGGAAGCCCAAGCGCAACCGGCGAGAGGCCGGGGAGCGGCCGGAGAGCCCGACACCGCUGGGCGAGGUGGUGCUGGGGGGCGCCGCCGAGGCCCUCCCGGGGGAAGUCCUCAUGGUGGAAGUGGACAACGUGGCCCACGAGGAGUUCCAGGUCAACGAGGAGGUCAAGGCCCUGACGGCGGAAAUCGUCAAGACGAUCCGGGACAUUAUUGCCUUGAACCCUCUGUACAGGGAGUCUGUGCUGCAGAUGAUGCAGGCGGGCCAGCGCGUGGUCGACAACCCCAUCUACCUGAGCGACAUGGGGGCGGCGCUGACGGGGGCCGAGUCGCACGAGCUGCAGGACAUCCUGGAGGAGACCAACAUCCCGAAGCGGCUCUACAAGGCCCUCUCCCUGCUCAAGAAGGAGUACGAGCUCAGCAAGCUCCAGCAGCGCCUCGGGCGAGAGGUGGAGGAGAAGAUCAAGCAGACGCACCGCAAGUACCUGCUGCAGGAGCAGCUGAAGAUCAUCAAGAAGGAGCUGGGCCUGGAGAAGGAGGACAAGGACGCCAUCGAGGAGAAGUUCCGGGAGCGGCUGAAGGAGCUGCUGGUCCCGGCGCACGUCAUGGAGGUCAUCGACGAGGAGCUCAACAAGCUGGGCCUCCUGGACAACCACUCCUCCGAGUUCAACGUGACCCGCAACUACCUGGACUGGCUGACGUCCAUCCCGUGGGGCAAGUGCAGCGAGGAGAACCUGGACCUGGUCCGCGCCCAGGCCGUCCUGGAGGAAGACCACUACGGCAUGGAGGACGUCAAGAAGAGAGUGCUGGAGUUCAUUGCGGUCAGCCAGUUGCGGGGCUCCACGCAGGGCAAGAUCCUCUGCUUCUACGGGCCGCCGGGGGUCGGCAAAACCAGCAUCGCCCGCUCCAUCGCCCGGGCCCUCAACCGGGAGUACUUCCGCUUCAGCGUCGGAGGGAUGACCGACGUGGCUGAAAUCAAAGGGCACAGGCGGACGUACGUGGGCGCCAUGCCGGGGAAGAUCAUCCAGUGCCUGAAGAAGACCAAGACGGAGAACCCCCUCAUCCUGAUCGACGAGGUGGACAAGAUCGGCCGGGGCUACCAAGGGGACCCCUCCUCGGCCCUGCUGGAGCUGCUGGACCCCGAGCAGAACGCCAACUUCCUGGACCACUACCUGGACGUCCCCGUGGACCUCUCCAAGGUGCUCUUCAUCUGCACCGCAAACGUGACCGAAACCAUCCCGGAGCCCCUGCGCGACCGGAUGGAGAUGAUCAACGUCUCGGGAUACGUCGCGCAGGAGAAGCUGGCCAUCGCGGAGCGCUACUUGGUCCCUCAGGCUCGGCUCCUGAGCGGCCUGGACGAGAGCAAGGCCUCCAUCUCGCCCGAGGUGCUGACCCUCCUCAUCAAGCAGUACUGCCGGGAGAGCGGCGUCCGGAACCUCCAGAAGCAAGUCGAGAAGGUCUUGCGGAAGUCGGCCUACAAGAUCGUCAGCGGCGAAGCCGAGAAGGUGGAGGUGACGCCGGAGAACCUGCAGGACUUUGUGGGGAAGCCCAUCUUCACGGUGGACCGCAUGUACGACCAGACCCCGCCGGGCGUGGUCAUGGGCCUGGCCUGGACCGCCAUGGGCGGGUCCACCCUGUUUGUGGAGACCUCCCUGCGCCGCCCCCGGGACCCGGAGAGCAAGGAGGGCUCCCUGGAGGUGACGGGGCAGCUGGGAGACGUCAUGAAGGAGAGCGCCAAGAUCGCCUACACCUUCGCCCGGGCCUUCCUCAUGCGCCGCGACCCCCACAACGACUUCCUGGCCGUCUCCCACCUCCACCUCCACGUCCCCGAGGGAGCCACCCCGAAGGACGGGCCCAGCGCCGGCUGCACCAUCGUGACGGCCCUGCUCUCGCUGGCCUUGGGCCGGCCCCUGCGGCAGAACGUGGCCAUGACGGGGGAGGUCUCGCUGACCGGGAAGAUCCUCCCCGUGGGAGGCAUCAAGGAGAAGACCAUUGCGGCCAAGCGGGCGGGCGUCUCCUGCGUGAUCCUCCCCUCGGAAAACAAGAAGGACUUCUCCGACCUGGCCGCCUUCAUCACGGAGGGGCUGGAGGUGCACUUUGUGGACCACUACCACCAGAUCUUUGACGUGGUCUUCCCAAAGACGGACUCGCACCUCGACGGCGCCUCCUGAGCCUCUACAAAAAGGCCACUCUCCCAACCGAGAGGGACUGCUCCGCUGCCAUGGACCGGGCUCCGUUUCCUGCUGCCUUUUGACGCAUUUUGCACCCAAAACCAUGACGAACCAAUUAAGUGUUUUUUUCCCCCCGAGUGCGAUCGGGACUGCGAGAUUGUGGAUAAAGGAGAAAUCUAUUUGC